AUGCCUACGCAACCGAUCAAGCUCUGGGGUCACUGGGGAGGCCCUAACCCAUGGAAAGUCUGCAUGUUGCUUGAAGAACUCGAACUUCCUUAUGACCUCCAUCUGGUCGAGUUCUCCGAAGUCAAGCAACCCGAUUACCUAACGCUUAAUCCCAACGGACGCUUGCCUACUAUCGAGGAUCCAAACACUGGCAUUACCCUCUGGGAGAGUGCCGCGAUCAUUGUCUAUCUGGUUGAGCAGUACGAUAAGAAGGGUAUCCUUUCGUACGCACAAAGUCCAGAAAAAUAUUUGUGCCAGCAAUGGUUAGCCUUCCAAGCCUCCGGCCAAGGCCCCUAUUUUGGUCAGGCAACUUGGUUUGCUCGCUUUCACCCUGAGAAGCUCCCCUCUGCUACAGAGCGGUAUGUCGUUGAGAUCCUACGAGUAUUCGGGGUCCUGGAAGAAGGUUUGGCACGGAAUGGUACGGGCUGGCUCGUAGGCGACAAGUGCACAUACGCUGAUCUGUCUUUCGUCACCUGGGCCACCAUCGGUGAAGGUCUGCUUCAUGAGUUAAACCGAGCGGAUAGAUUGGAAGAAAUGUAUCCUAGAUAUACAUCUUGGCUCAAGUCAUUGAAAGGGAGAGGGAAGGUGGCCAAGUGCCUAGAUCUUAUUGCACAAGGCAGGGUUGCGCACGGCUUAAGAUGA